AUGACCACGCUGCAGGCGUUCACCUGUGAUGACCUCUUCUGCUUCAACAUCAACUUGGAUCCACUUACAGAAACUUAUGGGAUUCCUUUUUACUUACAGUACCUCACCCACUGGCCAGAGUAUUUCAUUCUUCCGGAGGCCCCUGGCAGAAAAUUAAUCGGUUACAUCAUGGGCAAAGCAGAAGGCUCUGUUACAAGUGAGGAGUGGCAUGGCCAUGUUACAGCACUGUCUGUCACUCCUGAAUUUCAGCACCUUGGUUUGGCUGCUAAGCUAAUGGAGUCACUGGUGGAGAUUUCAGAGAGAAAAGGUAGAUUUUUCAUUGAUCUCUUCGUCAGAGUGUCUAAUCAGUUUGCAGUCAACAUGUACAAGCAGCUGGGCUACAGUGUGCACUGGACGGUCAUAGAGUACUACUCAGCCACCAGUGGGGAGCCAGACAAGGAUGCCUACAAUAUGAGGAAAUCACUUUCCAGGGACAUGGAGAAGAAAUCCAUCAUCCUGUUACCCCAUCUGGUGAGGAUUGAAGACACUGAAUAA